AAUUUCAAGAGGAAGAUCGAACAAAUAUUCCACAGAGUACUGAUAUACACAGGAAAACAUAUUUAAUCAUAUUAUCCUUGCAUAUUUCCCUGCGAUCCUUUGUCUGAGCAUAUUAUUUUUCUAUUUCGCAACCCCCCUCCCUCCCAUUUUCUCUGUUCUUGGCUCCAUCUUCACUGGCUCAUUGGCGAAUCUCUCCUCCAUGUCCACUUUCGAUCAGCGAGAUUCUCCUCCCAGUGACGCUUUACGGUACGUUUUGGCCCGUUCGUUCGUUCGUUCGGUAAGCCAUCCCUAAGUCAAGUUGACCGACGAAUAGAAAGAACAAGGGCAAGCAAGCCAUUCCUUUUGCUUCCUUUCCAGCAUCUGUCUCUUGGAAGUAAUUUAACCAUCCUUCUCCGUCCGUUACGCUGUUUCAGGUUAAAAAAUAUUGAGGGUGCAGCACACUUGCUUUCCUCUCUUCCCAGAAUCCAUCUCGCUUUCCUUCACAUGCAUUGCGACCAUUUCCCUUCUGAAGUUCUUCUUCCCCCUUCAAAUAAAUGUUGCAGGCGUCGCUCUCAGUGACGGUAGCAGCCUAAGUUUUGUUUUUUUCCCCUUAUUUCCUCUCCAUUUCGAUCUUUUCUUGGAUUCAAAAUUGCUCUCUUUGAUACAUUUCUAACUGUAGCAGUCUAGAGAUUGAUUUGUUCUGCUUGCUUCCUUUCCUGAUCUCUUUGCUUCUACAAAUUUAUGAGUUCAUCUUUCUCUGCAAACAAAUGUUGGAGGCUUCUCCCCUUGAUCACGCAGUCACCGAGGCAUGUUUUACACCGGGGAAGCACCAACAUGAGCUCAAAAAGUUGCGAGCUCCAAAACAAAUGGGAGGCUUCCAAUGUUAGAUCUGUUACUUUGCUGGUAAUUUUUCUUCUCCAGAUCAGCGGCACGCUAGGCCUCAACGGAGAUGGAGAGCUGUUGCUCGAGUUCAAGUACUCCGUUCUCAGCGACCCUAUGGCCGUGCUCAGCGACUGGAACCUCUACGAUGACACGCCCUGCUCUUGGAAUGGAGUCGUCUGCACGGGAUUCCCGGAGGCAGCUGCUUUCAAUUGGAGUCCCCCUGCUAAUUGCGGUGGCGGUGGCCGCCACAAUGUGGAGGUUUCCAUGGCUUCUAGAGUCAUCAGCCUGGUCCUGCCUAACUCCCAGCUCUUGGGAUCCGUCCCCGCAGAGCUCGGCUUUGUCCAACACCUCCGCCAUCUGGACCUCUCCGGUAACAUGCUCAACGGCACACUCCCGCCAGCCCUCUUCAACGCGUCCGAGCUCCGCGUGCUUUCGCUGGCCAACAACGCCAUCUCCGGCGAGCUCCCGGACUUGGACGAGUUCAGCAGCAGCCUCCAGGUGCUCAAUCUCUCCGACAACGCGUUGACUGGUAGGUUGCCGUCGAAGCUCUCGCGGCUGCCGAACCUCACCGUCGCCUCGCUCUUCAACAACUACCUCUGCGGAGAGCUUCCUGUCGGCGGGUACGAGCGGCUACAGUAUUUGGACCUCAGUUCCAACCUCAUCAACGGCUCCCUGCCGACGGAACUCGGCGGGGCGAGGCUCCGUUACUUGAACCUGUCUUACAACCGGCUUUCCGGAUCGAUCCCUCCGGAGCUGGGGGCGAGAAUUCCAGCAAAUGCCACGGUGGAUCUCUCGUUCAACAAUCUCACGGGAGUGAUACCAAACGGCGGCGCUUUCGGCUCUGAGAAACCGAUGGCUUUUGCUGGAAACCCUAGCCUCUGCGGCAGGCCGCUCAGGAACCCGUGCACCAUCCCUUCCUCUCUCUCCAGCGCUCCUCCCAAUACCUCCAGCGUGACCUUGCAACCGGCUAAAUCUCCCCCAGCCUUUGCAGCAUUCCCCAAUCCCGACGGAACCACUCCGGAUACUGCCGGCCAGAGCACGGCCGGCCGUGGAUCGCUUCGACCGUUGGCGAUUAUCCUGAUCACGGUCGGGGACUUGGCUGGCAUUGCGAUCAUCUCCGCAGUAAUCUUGCACGUAUACCAUGCGAAGAAGAGGAAGAGGCAAAAGCAGCAAGAUGAACUACAGCAGGAUGAUGGUCGAAGCAACUGGUUGAAGAAUGAACGGCCUCCAGCGGCCACAGAAGCAGCCGACGCUAGCGAUUGCAGUGUGAUCAGGUCAUUAUCAUGUUGUUUGAGGAAGAAAAGCGACGACGGAGGCGACACCGAGGAGACAUCAGAGUCGUCGGAGUCACCAGAGACGGAGGCGGAAGACGAAGACGCAGCGUGCAAGGGCGCGGAGGGGGAGGACGGCAAAUCCAACCACCUGCAGCAGAAGGAGCAACAUGCAGAGGCUACUCUCGUCAUUGUGGACGGCGAGACUAACCUGGAAAUGGAGACUCUGCUCAAGGCCUCGGCUUUCAUCCUCGGGGCAAGUGCGUCGAGCAUCGUCUACAAGGCGGUGCUCGCCGACGGCACCGCCUUGGCUGUGCGUCGGAUCGGGGAGAGCAGCCUCGUCAACAAGUACAAGGAAUUCGAUGCGCAGGUCCGCAGCAUAGCCAAAUUUCGGCAUCCAAAUCUCCUUCGUCUCCGGGGAUUCUACUGGGGCUCCGACGAGAAGCUUCUCAUCCACGACUACGCAACCAAUGGCAGCCUCGCCAACAUCACAUUUAGCAACAAGAAGCUCGGCUCGUCAGCGUUACAUCUGAGCUGGGAAACGCGUCUCCGGAUCGCAAGAGGCGUGGCGAGGGGGCUCGCCUAUCUCCACGACAAGAAGACCUUGCACGGCAAUGUCAAACCAAGCAACAUUCUCCUGGAUUCCGACACGGAAGCCAAGAUCGGAGAUUUCGGCCUCGAUCGAGCGAUGGCCGGCGCUGGCCCAUCAACCCGGCAGUUCGGGAGCAAACGCUCCACGCACUCCUCGAUCAGCUUACCGGAUUUGUCGGCGUCUGCAGGAGCCAGUCCAUCCGCCGCCGGCGCGUCCUCCGCGUCGAGGUUCGCUCCUCCACCCUACCAGGCGCCGGAGUCGCUGAAGAACCUGAAGGCCAGCGUGAAGUGGGACGUGUACGCCUUCGGGAGGGUGUUGCUGGAGCUGAUCGCGGGGCGGGUGCUUUCGGAGCUGGAGCUCUGCCGCCUGAACUCUGGCUUUGUCGCGGAGGAACAGAACUGGGCAGUGAGGAUGGCGGACGCCGCCAUACGAGACGAGGUGGAGGGCAAGGAGGAGGCGUUAUUAGGGUGCUUCAAGCUAGGGUUUGCUUGCUGCGCCACGGCGCCGCAGAGGAGGCCUUCGAUGAAGGAUGCUGUGCAGGUGCUGGAAAAUUUGUACUCCGGCUCUUCUUCUGCCACUGCCACUUGACCUCUUCGUCUUUGGACAACUAAAAGCCCUCUCACAGAAGAAAAUUUUCUCAUCUAACGAUCUCUGAACACAUCUCGAAAGAUAUCCUACAGUGCUAUUGAUAUUCUUCCUUUACUACCAACUGUUUUCAUUUGUACAUUCUCUUUUGCAGGCGUCCUAAUUGUUCUUAUUUUUCUUUCUA